AUGUCGGACCCGUCUCUAUCACGUGUAACACCGCGUGAUCACUCACUUGGUUAUCAAACUCAAUAUCAAAACGACUCCAUAUUUGCGCAUAAUAUUCACAAAAUUGCCGCAUUAGCCUUCAUCCACCCAGAUGUUGUUAUAAAUGCAUUUGAACGUUUAUUCUCAAGUCUUGGCGAUGAUUAUGAAGAUAUUAUUGAUUAUUUUGGAGAAACAUAUAUUGGACGACUUCGACCGAAUCAAACAAGACGGCAGCCCAAGUUUGCUAUUGAUUUUUGGAAUACGUACCAUCGGACAACGGAGGCGGUCAUGAGAACAAACAACGCUGCGGAAGCUUAUCAUCGUCGAAUCGGCUCGGUUUUUCAGUGUUUACAUCCAACACCGGAUAGCUUCCUAGAGAAGCUAAUUAAAGAAGAAAAUGCGACACAUAUGGACAUUUUACACAUUAAUGCUGGUUAA